CGUAAUGACACAUCGAAAAGUGUGAACACGGUUGUGAGUGGUAGGAGUGUUUUCACUGACUUGCAGACAUAUUAAAUGACAAGUCUCCAGUAUCUCUCAAUACAACAGAUUUCUCAUUUGCAUUUGAUGCCUUUAUACUUGGCGAUGAGAAUUUUGACUUUAACGAUAACGAAUACUUCAACAUUGAAUUAUUCCAAUGGAUUAAGCAGCCAGACACUGGAGAACUAGAUUCAGCCAAUAUUCCAUAUGAAAGAUGUGGAACAAACUUGUUCCAAUACUACAACCAAACCGAGGUCCAAAAACUUGGAAUCCAGGAUUACUUAUGCCCUCUCUCACGUGACUACAUCGGUAAGCCCACUCCAUUCUUCUUUAACCUUAAAAUUCAUUCCUGACUCAAAAGCCCUUAACUCCUCGUGCAGUGCAAGGGAACUCUUUAUCGACAGACUUCAUCUACCUGGAGUUCAACAUCGUGAAGUGCACAGUGGACUGACCUCCUGACUUGGAAGAUAAGAUUAGUAGGCUCCGAGUGGAGAUCCCCUUCGUGAAUACUUACUUUGACUUUGAUGACUACGCCAGUCCAGUCAAGACUUAUAUUGAUGGGAGACUUGUAGUCGACAUGCUUCCUGGCUAUGUCAAGAGAGAUGAUUUGUUUAUUCAAAAGAAUGAAGCUGAGAUCCAGGAUAGCUACUUUGCAUACCAGCCAGGAGGGUCCAAGAAGGAAUUCGUCGAAAUCCAUCGUGUUGACUCUCGACUUGCUGUUCAGAUCGAUGAUGUUGAUAAUGUCAUUUACAAACUUCUUUUUGUGAAAGAUGCAGAGACCAAGUCUUAUGAGCGCCAGGUCUUCAGUUUGCUAGAAGUUACAGGAAAUAUCGGUGGUUUAUUCGAAAUCCUUGAACGCACAGGAGGCUUCUUGGUAGCUCUAUUUUCUGGAAGAAUGUUCUUGUUCUCAAUUCUUACCAAACUUUACCAUGUCGAGGAUCCUGAAGACCAGCCUAAAGGAGACGACGAUAAUAAGAACAAGGUUCAAGAGGAUCUCAAUGAUGGAUCUAGUCAUGUGAGCAAGAAUUCAGGAGUGAAUUUGAUCAAGCCCAAAGACGUCCUUUCAGAGAAGGCUCACAAAGCUAUGAAAAGGAGAAUGAGAUAUCAUUGGAAGGUCUCUGACUUUGUGUACAACUUAUUCUCUCCAAUCACUUGGCUUCUGUGUGGCUGGUGGAUGAAAAAGAAUAGAUUGAAUGCACAUACCAGGAUGAAGCUAUAUGAAAAAGGAGAGGCUAAGUUUCUAAACGAAUUCGAUGCAGUAUACUACGCUAGAUGUAUGCGUAACCUCAACACUCUUGUUGGAUCUCUCAUGGAUGACAGCGAAAGGUUUAUGAUCACCUACCAGAAGACCAAUUGCAUUUCAGCAGAUGGAGAAACUGAGAGCUGUUAUAGUGAUGAUAACUAUGAUGAUGUCCCUAAGAUGUUUUCCAAAGCCAAAAAGAAACAGCAUCAAGUCAAAGUUGAUGAUUUUAUGGUAAGGGUUCUAAAUUUUAGAGCCAUUUGUGUAGGAGGAGUAUAAAAAGGAGACUUGGACAAGCAAGGAUUAUAGAUUGCUCAAUGGGGUAUUGAGUCACGAGCAGCUAACCAAUAAGCAACUUUCUGAGCUUCAAGAUGAUAGAGACUCAACUAAGUUAUAUCAAGACAAUGAGUGUGUUGGAAUUGGAAACAUAUCAAAUCUCUCAAAUAAGCUUCCAAAAGAGGAAUCUAAAAUGCCAAGUGCUACAAGACCACCUCAGUAUAACUUGAAUUCCAUGAUUCCAAGAUCCUCAAAUUGGCUCAAUAGAAAUUCUUCCAUUCUAGAAGAUUACUAACAUUAAAUAUCAAUA